UUGCGGACUUCCACAAGUCAAAGAUCAGAUUGUCAUAUAACUAACUGGUGUUCUGUUGACAUCGUCAAGCUGAUUUCUCUGCGUUCGUGGGCGUCCUUUCGGGCACUCUUCCCAGUCAAUCUGAUGUCACCCAAUCGCGGAUGGCGCGCGAGACGGAAUUAUAAUGAAAACCAAGAUGAUCGCUAUUACAGAUACGGUGGUUCCAGCUAUAGCGGCUCGUAUGGGCAGCCAUACGGAUACGACUACCGCUCGAAUGGAUACUAUGCAGAUGCUCAACCAAGUCAGGGGUAUAACUACUGGCACGACAGUGACCAGCAUUACUCCCAAAACUACUACCGUGACCAAUCCCCCAGCAACUAUAAUCGCAGCCAUGAACAUGGUAAUGACUCCUACCACGCUGAAGGUUCUUACAGAAGACGGAGGAGUCGGCGAAGCGACAGUCCGCAGAGAAAUUACCAUUCGCAUGCAAACGCCGAUUCGUCAAUCCCAUAUAUUCCUUCUCCUUCUUUUCGUCUAAGAACACCUGAUUCAAAUUCCCUUACUGCAUAUAUGAAAUCACCAACACCAGCUUCCCCACCACCCGCGGAGCCGGAUCCAGCAUAUAUGGCGCUCUCGCUCGAGCCAUCACAUAUCGUUGACGACCCUCGUGCCUUUCGAAAGCUUCUCAUACUAGAUUUGAAUGGCACUCUACUCAUCCGAUCGCAGCAUUCACGCGCACGACAGAAAGAUUCGUAUGGUGGUACUUACAGCAGCUCAGCACCGCGCCUUCGCGCGGUGCAGCCGCGUCCUUACAUACCCGCUUUUCGUGCAUACCUGUUUGCACCCGAGACUCAAGAAUGGCUGGACACCAUGGUCUGGUCUUCCGCGCAACCCCACAGUGUGGCGGACAUGGUCGACAAGGUUUUCGGUGAUGUCAAAAGCAACCUUAUCGCAGUCUGGGACCGCGGGAGUUUGGGACUUAGUAAAGAGGACUAUCACCGAAAAGCGCUGACGACCAAGGAUCUUACAAAGCCUUGGGCAUUGCUUCCAUCAGGCACCAGCCCAUCAGAGAUCGCGAUACCAUCGGAAGCAGAUUAUGCUGCUGAGCCAGCUGGGUUGGCUCCCUCUAUUGCACACUCUGCCUUGAGCACCCUCCUCCUCGACGACUCUCCUCACAAGGCUCGUCUCCAGCCAUACAAUCAUGUCUGUAUACCUGAGUAUAGUUCCUCAUUCAGGGACAAAGACCUUCGACAGCUUCAGCACGAGAAAGCGGCUCGAGCGCCUAAACAUAGGAAGCAGAAAGGAAAGGCAAAUGAAUAUGUGCAGGACCAAAGCGAGUCGGCAGAGAUAUCAAUGCCCUCUUCAGACUUUGAUCCGGCUGUAAUCAGUCCUACCUCCGCUCAUGUCGAAGAGUCGUCUAUCCCCAUUCCAUCUGCAGAAAGAGCAUACAUAUCAUCUCGAUCAUCUGCUGAGCCCUAUGACCCCACCAUUCUGGCAGUUAUUGGUGUCCUGGACGAGAUUAAGAAGCAGAGCAGCGUUGCUGGGUGGAUCCAAGCCGGCGGUCUUCAGAAUACUGUUCCAGUUCCCGGGGAUGAAGGAGAAUAUAUUGUCACUCCACCAGCCUCAGACACAAACAUUGUCGAAGAUCUCACAGACUCUCAGGAAAUGCAACCCCUCACGAAGAAAGAGCUUCGGGCAGCAAAAAAACUUGCAGCGAAGCAGCAGAAACGCGCGGAACAAGCAGCAUUGUCUGCCGGACAAACUGUUCUUAUUUCCGACAAGGAAGUUAUGCAGACCGGGGAUGAUGAGUCUAUCAUCGCUGAUAUUUCGGUUGAGAGUAUUCCUGCUGCUGCACCAAGUGCUAGUGUAGAGAGUUUGGGAAUGUGGUUCAGUGAUGAGCCGACGAUGUCUUACUGGGUUUGGAGAGGGCGCCAGGCGCUGGACAGUUUGGGAAUUGAAGCGGAUCAUGGAGUAACCGGGUAGUAGAAAUUGCACUUGCUGGCUACAGUAAGUGUACUGUACCUCUCACGUAUUUAACUUAGAUGUUUGUCCCGAAUAAACAUCAAGCUCGGUAGGACUAGUGGACUGUUUUCUGACGACCAAAUUGAGCCAAUCUGGUAACC